ACACAUUUUAGGGACAGCGAAAGGGUCUGAUCCAAGUUUUCUCUCUAUCUUCGCUCGGCUUCCACGUCCUUGUCAAGAGCCCUAGCUCGCCACCGGCAGGAAUUCGUCGAUCCCGCGAGGCGCUGGGAAAUGGAGCACUGGUAGGCGGUCGACCUAAUUCUCGGGAAGGUGUGGCGCACGCCGAGAAUGUAUGUCAGCUGCGAGAUUUUGAGCCGGAUUGGAUGCGCAAGGCCUUCUCCCAGCUCAGGGAUCAGUGAUUUGUAGCGCAGGGUCGCGGAUUUUCGAUGGCACAGGCUACUGCUGCGCAGGAUCCAGCAAUGGCCGUCACGACGGAUAAUCACAAGGGACUGGUGUUGGCUCUCUCAUCCAGCCUCUUCAUUGGAGCGAGUUUUAUCAUCAAGAAGAAAGGGCUUAAGAGAGCUGGUGCAUCUGGAGUUCGUGCUGGUGUUGGGGGCUACUCCUAUCUGUAUGAACCGCUUUGGUGGGCAGGCAUGAUCACAAUGAUAUUUGGCGAGGUUGCAAACUUUGCAGCGUAUGCGUUUGCUCCUGCGAUACUUGUCACGCCUUUAGGAGCUUUGAGUAUUAUAGUAAGUGCAGCAUUGGCGCAUGUCAUUCUUAAGGAGAAGCUACAUGUUCUGGGAAUGCUCGGCUGUGCUCUUUGUGUCGUGGGUUCUACGACUAUUGUCUUGCAUGCUCCUGGGGAACGUGAUAUUGAAUCGGUGAAGCAAGUUUGGGAUCUAGCGAGCGAGCCUGCGUUUUUGCUGUAUGCGACCUCUGUCGUAGCCGUGGUGUUGAUUCUUAUUUUCCUCUACGUACCUCAGUAUGGGCACACGCAGAUACUGGUCUACAUUGGUAUCUGUUCGUUUAUGGGAUCACUGUCGGUGAUGAGUGCCAAGGCUCUCGGGAUUGCCCUCAAACUGACAUUCGAAGGUAUCAAUCAAUUAAUGUAUCCACAGACAUGGGUGUUCGCAAUGGUGCUUGCGACCUGUGUCAUAACACAGAUGAAUUAUCUGAACAGGGCGUUAGAUACUUUUAAUACUGCAGUUGUAUCUCCCAUUUACUAUGUCAUGUUUACCUCCUUGACAAUCGUAGCUAGCGUCAUCAUGUUCAAGGACUGGGACAGACAAACUCCUGCGCAAGUCGUCACUGAGCUUUGCGGCUUCGUCACCAUUCUCGCUGGAACAUACUUGCUCCACGUCACAAAGGAUCACUGCGAACCAGUUCCAGCGCUACCUUCGUUCAAGGGAGCCAUUUACAAUGGAUUUCCCUCUGUCAAACGACCAGAUGACGAAGAAAUGUCAGAGCAAAUCCCUCUCCGCCGGCAAGACUCCCACUCCUACAGAUCCCCGUGAUCCUGAAUCGUUCUCAUCUCCAAGUCUACAAUAUGUAAAAAGCUCGCAGUCUCGCAAAGCGAUCAUCUUUCCAGGCUUAAAUUCUUCUUCGUCACAUCGGAAUAAAGAGGUCCCUGUCGUGCUGGUGGUGGGUGGUGAUGGUGCUUGAAAUUUAUGUGAAGCGAAAGCUUUAAUCCUGGAAAGAUGGAAGCUGUAGAGGCCACUCAAUUUUGAAACAUCCAGACAAGAAAAGCUGUGCUUUGGCAGCCUUACAAAACUCAGCUCGUAAGAAAAAGUGGAAUAUCUAAAA